UGGCGGAAGAGGCGGGGCUUCUGCGUGACGUCACGGGCUCCAAGCCCCUCGGCUUCCAGAGCGAACGGAGCGCGCGAGAAUGGAGGUCGUCCGCCAAGCCCUGGGCCCCUUGGUCACCGAGCUGUACGACGUGCAGGCUUUCAAGUUCGGGAGCUUCGUACUGAAGAGCGGACUCUCCUCCCCAGUCUACAUCGACCUGCGGGGCAUCGUGUCACGCCCGCGUCUUCUCAGUCAGGUCGCAGACAUUUUAUUCCAAACUGCCAAAAAUGCCGGGAUCAGUUUUGACAGUGUGUGUGGCGUUCCUUAUACGGCAUUACCACUAGCGACAGUUAUCUGCUCGGCCAAUCACAUUCCCAUGCUCAUUAGGAGGAAAGAAACAAAGGAUUAUGGUACCAAGCGCCUUGUAGAAGGAGAGAUUAAUCCCGGGCAGACCUGUCUGGUCAUUGAGGAUGUUGUCACCAGCGGGGCCAGUGUUUUGGAGACUGUUGAAGUUCUUCAGAAGGAGGGUCUAAAGGUGACUGACGCCAUAGUGCUGUUGGACCGGGAGCAGGGCGGCAAGGACAAGCUGCAGGCCCAGGGGAUCCGCCUCCACGCAGUGUGCACGUUGUCCCAAAUGCUGGAGAUUCUCCAGCAGCAGAAAAAAAUCGACACUGAGAUGGUUGAGAGAGUGAAGAAGUUCAUUCAGGAGAAUGUUUUCACAGCUAAUCAUAACGGUCUUCCUCCGCCGGAGAAGAAAACAUGCAAAGAACUCAGCUUCGGUGCUCGAGCAGAGCUGCCUGGCACCCAUCCACUUGCUUCAAAGCUUCUCAGGCUUAUGCAGAAGAAGGAGAGCAAUCUGUGUCUGUCUGCUGAUGUGUCGGAGGCCAGGGAGCUGCUGCAGCUGGCAGAUGCCUUGGGACCCAGCAUCUGCAUGCUCAAAACUCAUGUUGAUAUCCUGAAUGAUUUUACACUGGAUGUGAUGGAGGAGUUGACAGCUCUGGCAAAACGCCAUGAGUUCUUAAUAUUUGAAGACAGGAAAUUUGCUGAUAUAGGAAACACAGUUAAAAAGCAGUAUGAAAGUGGUGUCUUUAAAAUAGCUUCCUGGGCAGAUGUAGUAAAUGCCCACGUGGUGCCAGGCUCAGGAGUUGUGAAAGGCCUACAGGAAGUGGGUUUGCCUUUACAUCGAGCAUGCCUGCUCAUUGCAGAAAUGAGCUCUGCUGGCUCCUUGGCCACUGGAAAUUACACCAAGGCAGCAGUUGGGAUGGCUGAGGAGCACUGUGAAUUUGUCAUUGGCUUUAUUUCUGGCUCCCGAGUAAGCAUGAAACCAGAGUUUCUUCACUUGACCCCAGGAGUUCAAUUAGAAACAGGAGGGGAUCACCUUGGCCAGCGGUACAAUAGUCCCCAGGAAGUGAUUGGUAAACGAGGCUCUGAUGUCAUCAUUGUAGGCCGGGGAAUACUUGCAGCAGCUAACCGCCUGGAAGCAGCUGAGAUGUACAGAAAAGCUGCCUGGGAAGCUUAUUUGAGUAGGCUUGCUAUUCAAUGAGAAGACACGGAAAAUGGGGUGGUAUCCAAAAGUCGCUGGCUUCAAAGAACAGUGCUCAGGGUCCUGCAUAGGGUCAGUGAGAGGCAGACUGUCUGGAGCAUCAUGUCGUGCUCUUUAACUUGUAAUCACUGCACUGGUGUUGUAAUGAGCUCUUCUGAAAGCUUUCAUCGAGACCGGUAUUUGUUUGGCAGCCGCUACCUUUGAGAUUCCUCGGACUAGACUGCUUAAUUCUUCUAAUUCCAGUGAGACUCAGUCACAUACAUCCAAUGUUAGCUGCUUACCUCCUUCAGUGCUCUGAAGCUGGAUCCUUGAGUGGAGCAGGAGUUCUAGCUCAUUCUACUCAGCAGUCAGUGUAGAAAACCAGUCAUAGCUUCGUCUUGCCGCAUCUGGAUGGUAGGCCUCUGCAUCUGAGGUAGUACCCGUCCCCACUGUCACUAAUGUGUUUGCUGAUGGGCUGGGAGCUUGUGAUGAAUGGCUAGGUGAUUAAGAGCACUGUUGCUCUUCUAUAGGAUCAGCAUUUGGUUCCCAGCCCCACACUGUGUCUCACAACCAUCUGGAACUCCAGUUCCAGGGGAUCCAAUUUCCUCUUCUGGCUUCCAGGGGCUACAUGCUUGUGAUACAACACACCUUUACUUAAAAAAAAAAAAGUCUUUGCCACUGCUAAAAGGGAAAAUUUGAGUACAGAAAUGUUUGCUCACAGACUGAGAAACUGAGUGCCUCCUGCAGUGAUCUAACCACUGUUUCAUACAGAAGUUAGCUGUGCUCAUUGCAAAUAGAAUUCACAGCCCUGGUAAACUUGAACCAUUUCCCCCUUUGGUUCACAUGCUCACCAAGCAAAGCAUCAUCACCCUCGUUUCUGCCCUCCACACAUCAUCAGUGGUACCUUAAGUUCUUAUUCCUGCCAAAAGGAAAGGUCAUUUAGCAUUCAGCAGAUAGCUGUAAAUAGUCUAGUUCCAGGUGGAAUGGUCUGAGAGUAUGUAGCCUGCUAACUUCCUGAGCUCUGAGUCAGUGCGGCACCCAGUCUACACCUAUAACAUUAGCGUGUACCCUGACUGCAGCAUGAUCCCAUCAAGUAAAAGCAUAAGGCAUGAGUCUCAGGGUGGGUCUGAACUAAUGUCCGAGAAAAGCUGUAAGGAGCUAUGUGGUUCUAGGAGUCCAAAGGGACCUUUUCAGUUGUAAGAUGUGCAGACCUAAACUGUGGUCCUGAAGUUAAUACACACACACACACACACACACACACACACACACACACACACAAGCUUUUAGUGGCCAAGAGGAAAAAUGGAUUAGCACAAUGCAUUAGGCCCUACACUGUUAAUUCAGAUCAGCAUUUGGGGAAAUAGGAAGCAAAGUCCUCUUUAGAACAGAUUUUCUGUAUCUAAUCCACCCAUUAAAAUUAACUACAGUAUCUUUGUCCAAAUCAAUUCAUCUUAAAAUAAUGUUAAAUGCUUUCUGCUUUUCCAGAUGGUUGGGCACAGCAGUUUCAUAAUUAACAGCUACAUAAUUUAUCCAAGAAAAUGGCUUUGUCACUGGAGAUGUCAACACUGGGUACUAUAAGUUAGAUAUUCCCUAGUGGCAUUUUAACUACGCCUGUCACAGUGGCCUUCCUGCUUGUCUGUAAGCAAAAAACAGACUAUCAUGAGAGCAUAUUUAUGUCCCACUGAAGGUGGCAGUUCUGUGAGUUCCUCUUGUAAGUUCCUCUUCUAGUUCCUCUUUUGUGGUCCAUCAGAUGUUUUUUGUCAGUGUGACACAGAUGUAUCUGGGAAGAGAGAAUCUUAGGAGAGAAAAUGACUGAGAUUGCACCGUGCACUCCUGUAAGAGCAUUUUCUUGUUUAAUAAUUGAUGUGAGCUGGAAGAGCCCAGUCCACAGCGGGCAGUGACACCCCUAUUCAUGUCGUCUUGAAUUGUAUAGAUAAAUGCUUAGCAAGCCAGGAAGACCAUCCUCCACAGCCCCUGGCUUGCUUCAGCCUACACUUUCGGUUCCUUACCUGGACUUCCCUCUGUGAUAGAUGAGUGUGACCUGAGGAUGGCAAGUGGAAGUGAGCCCUCCCUUCACAAUAGAAACCUAAGAAUUGGUGUAAGAAUAGUCCGCUCUAAGCUUUGGUAGUACUUGUCUCAGGAUUGGGGGCUUGAUAUGAUACACAUUGGUAGUAUCUCAUUUUGGCAAGUUUAUUUAAUUUUUUUGAUCUAUUUAUAUGAGUACACUGUAGCCGUCUUUAGACACACCAAGAGAAGGCAUAGGACUCUGAUGGUUGUGAGCCACCAUGUGGUUGCUGGGAUUUGAACUCAGGACCUCUGAAAGAGCCAUCACUCCAGCCCCAAGUUUAUUCUUUUGAGAAAUGAUCUUGUCGUGUUAGCCCAGCCUCGCUUUGGAUUCACAUGGUAAGGAUUGCAGGUGUGCAUACCAAACAGCCUCGUCUCAGCAGUUUCAGAGUAGUUGGCAUACUGGUACUGCUAGAAUUCAUUUCAUUUGCUCCAAUGAAAGGUACUGUGUGCAGAACUUCUAAUGAUGGAAACUUUAAACACAAGGAAGGGACAAGUAGCUAUUCAGGCCCUUCAUGGUGAUACAUAUUUCACACUGGAUUAUCUGUUGCUGUAGUCCUGACUGGAAUUAGCUGGUUUAGAACUCUUAGCGAACUGCCUACCUUAGCCACUUGAGUCCUGGGAUUAAAGACCUAUGCUACCACACCAGGCAGAAUUCUUUUCAAAUACUGGUUUUGCUUUUCCAAUUCAGGCAUACAUAUAUAUUCAUUAAAGGGACCACUAUAUGGACUAGA